UUAUGAUUGAUCCCGAUGACAAGGAAAAUGUUGCAUACAAUUAUAGUUUCCCGAAAAGCAAAGUGUCUUACAAACCUGAAGUUAUUGAUGAUGACUUGGGUUGUGUCACACUGUCAGAAUCCGAAGAUGAGCAAUGCAGUGAAAUAGGUGCUGUGGCAGUUACUGAGGAAUUUCUUAAUCAAGCUGAGAAAUGUUUAAUGGAUAUUGAGCAGUUUGAAAGUGAAGAGGAAGUAAAGAUGGAGCUUAUAAACCUACUUUAUCAUCAUAUCCAACUGCAGAGACAAGGGGCAAAGACAGCAGCCCCCAUAACAUACAAACUGCUCAAAGAAAACUUGGUACCUACUCAAGAAACAAGAAAAGACAGCUAUGAAGAUCUAGAAUUAGAUGCUGAAUUCUUUAAACCGUUUGAAGGACAUAUUGAGGAUCAACUGGGUGUGUAUGAAACUCAAACUGACAUAGACAUCGAAGAUAUACCAGGACCACUAACUUCUCAUCCUGAAGACAUUGCCAUAAAACCCAAGAAAACAUUUGAAGAGAUUCUAGAAGAGGAGUUAAGAAAAGAAAACCUUGAUCUACAGGAGGAUAAGAAGGAGUUAGAUAAGCAGCUGAUGCCGCCUCCACCCGCCAAAGUGACACCUAAACGGAAGUUCUUAAAAAGAGGAGAAGGUAUUGCGAGGUUUAACAGUGCGCCGGUGAGGAAAGCCCUUGUAAAAACUAAACCUGCAAUGAAAUCAGAGACUGCUCCUAAACGGAUGAUUGGACUAAUCAAACCAGGAAAUGCUGAUAAGGCUAUGGCCAGAACCAACAAACUACCCUCAAAGAUAAGAAUUGAUGAUCCGAUCACUGUUGUGUCCGGAAUGGACCCUGUCAAAGCGAUCAGAGGUAAACCGGUUAUGUCCCCAGUACGGAACAGUCCAGAAUCCUCUCCGGCCAGGUCUCCACAACCUUCCAUCUCCCAGAGACUGAAGGGUAACGCUGCUGCAGGGGGUAACAUGGGUAACAUGGGUAACAUUGGUAACGCUGCAGGGGGUAAUAAUGUUGCGGAGAUGUCGGGAUUCUUGAAUCCUGAAGAGUUAGAAGAGCGUAUAGCAGCAGAAGAGGAGGAGCUGGAAGAGUUCAGAAUGUUAGAACAGGCAGCAGCUGAUAAGAGUAUCAACUCUCUGAUUGGAAUGUUGAAGUUCACGCCUUGUUCCGUGGUUAAACCGACCACGUGUUCUACAGUACCGGAGAGUGAGGAGGAAGAGGAGGAGGAGGAGGAGGAGGAGGAGGAGGAGGAGGAGGAGCUGGAGAAGGUAGAGGAGGAGGAGUUUGAUGAUACAGAAACAUGGGGUUUCAGAACACCCGUAAAACAAAGUAUAGAAUUAGAAGAUCUGGAGUUACACACGCAGUACAAUCUGUGUAAUGGGGAGGCGGUUACUCGUCCAGCUGAUAACGGUGUCAUGAUGGAGAUUACCAGUCAACCUAGCAAGCUUCUUGGAUCUCUCUUUCCCGGUCUGAAACCUCCUCCCCCACCGCCAAAGCCAAAGCCAGACGUCAAGAAGCCUGAUCCGGAGUCUGAAGCUUUGAAAACAGAACUGAAGAGCAAACUCGCUGAUCUCGAGAAGGAGGUUGCCCGGUUCCAGCAAGAGGCGGCAGGUCUUGCACGUGCACGUGCAGAAAAGGAAUCUGAGCUGCGCAAACUGCGCCAAGAGAACGACAAGUAUGUGGAGGAUUUGGAGGAGCGUGAGAAAAAGUUCCAGGAGUUUAAAGACCGAGAGAUGAAAAUGAUCAGAUCGGAGAAAAAACAGUUUGAAAUGACGCAACUGUCCUCAAAACAACGCGCUGCUAAGUUAGAGCUAGUCGACAAUCUUACUGAGAGAGUGGCAUCAUUGGAGGAAGAGUUGACAAGGAAAGAAGAGAGAUGGAAUGCAACAUUCUCCAGACUGAAGAACAAGGCAGAAACUAAAGAGAAGGAAUGCGAGGAGUUGCACCAGCAGAUAACCGUACUGGAGCAGGAGAAGAUAGCUCUGUGGGAAAAAGAGGUGACAAGAACAAGCAACAGACGCCACAAGCACGCCCAAACAGACGCCCAAACCCACAAACCGCCCACAAGAACACAAGCACAGCCCACACAAGCACAGCCCACAUUCUGUGAGGACACAAUAAAACCAGGGCUAGUCUCCCGCCACCCACAACUUGCUACCCUCAACUCUGCUGAACCCUCUAAAGUUACAUUUGCUGACCAGAACUGUGUAACUACCACACACCAUGCUGGUAUUCACUCUGAUAAGACAGCUGAGAAGAUAACAACUGAUGAGGUUCCUAAGAAAGCAGCUGAGGCUCAGUAUGUUAAUCUCAUGGUGCAGGCUUCCCCGCCACCGCCUCAGGAGGACUGUGUGACUGGCCUGGAGCCAACUUCUGAUUCUCCAACAAGUUCAAAUUCUACCCUGCAGGGUCACGUGACUAAAUCUGCGGUUGAGACUAUCGGAGCGGACGGGUCUGUAACAGUAAAAUAUGGUAAUGGAACAGUGAAACACAUCUCCCCUGAUGGCAGGGUUGUUACCAUGACUUACUUUAAUGGGGACACCAAGAAAACAUUCCACGACGGCAGAGUGGUUUACACGUUCCUAAAAGACGGAAUCACACAAACCCAACUACCUGACGGAACUGAGAGAACACUCUUUCCUACUGGUCAGGAGGAAACCAAGUUUACUGAUAAGAGAGUCGAGAUAAAGUACCCUGAUAAUUCAACCAAGGUAACAUAUCCAAACGGAGAAGAGAAGUCAGUGUACGCAGACGGUACUGUAGUCACAUUGGACCAGACCGGCCAGCGCCUCAUCCUUCUUCCUAACGGGCAGCGCGAGGUGCACACCAGCGCGUUCAAGCGCCGCGAAUACCCUGACGGUACUAGUAAAACAGUGUUUAAUGAUGGCAGACAGGAGACAAUACACUCAAACGGCCGAAUCAGGAAGAAGGAUCCUAAAGGGAAUCUUACAUCGGACCUGGUUAUAGACGCAACCGGCAAAGUGGUUCAUGACUAUCUGGCUAAAAGUAGAAUAUGAAGAUUUUACCGUGUACUCAAGUGUUACAAAUCGGGCAGAGUAGAGACGCGAUCCUGAGAGAUUGCAGAAUGUGCCAGAAGUUUUGGUAGAAAUGUUUGGGGUGCUGGAAAUCAGAGAAACAUGUUAUUGCCAACAGAAUCAAUACAAAAUUAAUCAGAACUGAGAAUGGUUUAUUGACCGACUGUUAUUACAAUACAGCAUAAUAUUUUUAAUUCAAACUUCGCCAUUUAUUUGAAAGACAGUUGUGACCAAAUGCGAUUUUAAUGGAAUUCAGGUCGAUUUUAGUGGUAUAAAUUUCAGAUAAUCAAAUUCAGAAAUCAGAAAAGUUAUUUAUCCCAUAAUAUAAUAAUAGUGAUCAGUUUUUGUUUUACGCCUUUCAGAAAGAGGUUAGAUUCAGAUAAUAUCACAUUUUCUCAAGUUUUUCUCCUUUGACUUUUACAUGAUUUAUUCCAAAUUAAUGCUAGGCAUUGGUAUCAAAAUAAUAUCAGAAAUUUUAAAUGAUAUUGUAAAUUAUGGUGUUGAUAUAUUGAAUAAAGUUAUUGCACUAUUAGUAAAUUGUUACUUCUUGUU